UGACAGUCCUCUUUUGUCUAUCUUUCUCCAUCUAUCUUACUCCUUCUUCUCUUGUAAAUGUUUGUUCUUAAGGGACAUCUGAAAGAAACGCAUGCUCUUCUCUUUGUAGUCACAGCUCUUGAAGUUCAAUUUCAGCCACAAAAAAAAAAGAGGCUAAAAUAGCACUCAAGUAAGAGGGUGGGGGAUUUUUUUGAGGAAUCUCCUCCCAUUGAGGCAAAAGAAACAGCAUGUUUGACGACACUCCGGAGUCUCACACUGCUUUAGAGAAAAGGAAUCUGGAAUCUGGCAGGGCAAAUUAACAACGACGGCGAGAAAGAGAGUGAAAAAGCCUGUCCAGCUGCUGGCUGCUGCUCAGUGAUGAAAGUGUGUGUGUGGUGAGCGAGCAAACGAGCAGCAGGGCUCAGGAGCAGGGCCGGCACUCAGGCGCAGACUCCAACGCACUUUUUACAUCUAAAGGAUUGGACAUACACAUAUAUACACACACACACACGCAGCCAUGUUGCAGCAGAUCCUGAAGGAAAUGUACAUUGACCCAGAUGUCUUGAAUGCUCUGAACGAAGAGCAGAAGAAGACAUUGUUCCUGAAGAUGCGACAGGAGCAGGUCCGGCGCUGGAAGGAACGUGAGGAGAAGAUGGAGCGGGAAGAACCACGCAAACCCAAACUGAGGCCAGCUCACAGUAAGAGUGUGAGUUGGCUGUUGGGCUGCGAUGGUGACGUGCAAGUCAUCGUCAUUGGAGAGGUGGAUGAGUUCAAGUCCUCCAAGAUCCUCCGCUCAGGGCUUGGCGAGAGAAAAGCUGCUAGUCUUCAUAACCAUUCCCACAACCAGGAAGCAAGUUUGAAGAGUAACCUUGUAAACCGAACAUCCACAGAACCUGUGCGAUCAGGCAGAGAGAAUCUCCCACCCAAAACGUUGUCCGGAGUACAACUUAAUUUAAAGGAGAACAGUGAAGUGAGGAUGCUGCCCCCUCCACAGGUAUCAGCAUGUGAGCAAAAACCUACAUCUCCUAUUGAGAGUGUUAAAGAGUCAGAAGAGGAAGAUGACACAGAUGACCCUGUGGUUGACACACUUUCUCUGUCCUCCAUUUGCUACCGACCCCACCUGAUGCCAGCCAGCAUCCUGCACAGCCUCCCACCCCAGGACACACAGCAGAAGACCUCGCCGCUGUCAAUCACAAGCAGGCUAUCCUCAUCUGAAGCUAGCGAGCCUCAUAUUAGCAGAGGGAAAGAUUUCCGAGUGAUGUCCGCCUCCAAACGCACAGAAACUGGAGUAGGCGGGGAAAACCGUGUGGGGCGUGGCCGCGUGGCUGAGCUUAUGAAGACCUUUAGUGUGUCCAGUGACUCCACCUGCUCACAACCUCCACCCAGAUCCAACAAGCCACCUGUCCCCAAUAAACCCACCCACUUGCAGCAUCUCCCCUCAAACUCGUUCAGGUAAUCAGCGGAGAUCAUAGGACGCUCAGACCGCCUCUCAGGAACGCUGCUCUAAUUGCACAAGCAACACAGCAGGACGAGGGGUUCUAGCAAUUUUUGAAUUACAAUAUUUUGUAUAAUUGUGCUCUCAGGAGGCACGAAAUGCAAAAAAAAAAAAAUCAUUGUGUAAAGUUUUUACACAUUUAUUACAGACUGUUUGUUUUAUACUGUUGUUUUAUUGACUAUUGCAAAUCUGUAUUCCAUUCUUAUCCUAAAAUCUGUAUCAGUGUAUUUUAUAUUGUAUUCUUACAAAUUGUGCAACAUUUGGAGGGGAAUUCCGCAGUAAGAUAAUUUUCCCACAGUUGAAGCAAUUGGCAAUCUGUGUUAGGAUGAGAGAAAAUGCAGCCUCUCUGCAUGAGCUGCUUUGUGAUUUUUCCACGUUUUUGAAAUGGAACAGCCAGCAGGACUAAUGAGAUGAUGCAUGUUGACGGGUUUAUUGAGCAAAAAACCGGCAACGUUUCCUGUCUCAAAGCAUGUUACAUUUCCAAAUGCUUUUUCUCCCAUCAUUACUGACAAAUUACUUCAAUUACUUCAGUUUUUGGACAGAACGUCUCAGUAAAGCCACGCUGUUUACGUCAAUUUUGCAGUGUAUGAAAGUUUAUUGAAGAUGUUUCUUGAGUUCUUCUGUCCCGACACAUUUAUGGAGCCAUAAACCAACACAUUAAGCAAUAUUGAUUACAUGGUUUACAACAAAAAUGGAGCAAUUACACACUUUUUUUCACUUAUUGGCUAUUAAUUCCUGCAUUCAGACCUUGGACCCAAGGAGAAGACCGCAUGUCCCCUCAGCUUUAUAGCAAAUGAAGUGGGAACAUGCAGCGUUGCUAUUCUUCAGUUACGGAGUGUACCUUCAAGGAGCCAUGCAUGUGCUGAUUCACCAGUACAGAGAGCUAUUUCCUCAGUUUAGGCACCAUCACAUUGGCAAAGUAAGUCAUUUUGCAACAGUCAGCGCUCCUCACCUGACGUGUGUGUGUAUACCGCCUGAGAGCCAAGCCAUCAGUACGGGUUGAGCUCGGCCUUCACGUUCAUUAACGCUGACGAAACCCUUCCUUACAGUGCUCUAUCGCAUGGCUAAGAGGGUUGAUCAAGCACUUCUGGGAGCUGUGGCCUCAGAUUGCACUUUUAAAUAAAGGUUCUUAAAAGGUUCUUGAUGCUGUUCUGGGAUUUCUGAAUGAAAUGGGCACUUAUCAGCCUGGGCCAUGUCAAGAUGGUACCUUAAAUAAAGCUCAGUGAUAAAAACAACAUUACAGAUUCAUGGUGCAUCAAAGAUCCAUGGAAUCCACCAAUGAUAUAAAAUCUUUGAUCUUUUAUUGGUUUACUUGAAGAAAAUAUAAGGGAGAGCUGGUAGAAUUGUAACAUUUUUGGAGGUUAAAUUAUUCUGCUUUCAGUUAUAUAUAAACCUACGUCAGGAAGUUCAACGUUAAACCGUCAUACAAUACCAGUCUAAAAUUUGGAUACGCCUUCUAAUUCAAUGUUUUAUUUAUUUAUUUAUUUUUAUUAAUUAAACAAAACUCUUCAUGUGCUAAAGUAAUGAUGGAUGUCAUUUCUCUUUACUUAGUUCAGCUGUUCUUGACAUAAUAUGGAUUACUACAGUUGUGGAAUAGGCCUAUUUACUGUAUUUUUAUUAUUUACUGUUUGAUCUCGUGCAUUAAGAAGGCAAGAAAUUCCACUAACUAACUUUUGAUGAGGCACAUCUGUUAAUCGAAAAGCAUUCCGGGUGACAACCAUCCAUUAUCUAUAUUGUUUAUCCAUCAGGGUCGCAGGUGAGCUGUAGCCAAUCCCACCUGAUUUCAGGUAAAGGGAGGGGUUCACUGUGGGCAGGUUGCCAAUCUAUGAUGGUGCUAACGCAGAGAUAACCAACCAUUCAUACUCACGUUUACAUUACGUUAAUGGCAUGUAGCAGACGCUCUUAUCCAGAGCGACGUACAACACCCCCAGGGAGCAGUUGGGGGAUUAGGUGCCUUGCUCAAGGGCACUUCAGCCAUUCCUGCUGGUCCUGGGAAUCAAACCAGUGACCUUUUGGUCCCAAAGCUGCUUCUCUAAUCAUUAGGCCAUGGCUUCCCCAGCCUGGGCCAUGUCAAGAUGGUACCUUAAAUAAAGCUCAGUGAUGAUAACAACAUUGCAGAUUCAUGAUGCACCAAAGAUAUAAACUUGCGUUCACACCUAUGAGUAAUUUAGAGUAGCCAGUUGACCUAAUCUGCACAUCUUUGGAUUGUGGGAGGAAACCAGAGCACCUGGUGGUAACCCAUACAGGCAUGGGGAGGACGUGCAAACCCUACACAUAAGGGCUCUGGGCAGCCAUGAAGUUUGAACCCAGAACCUUCUUGCUGUGAGGUGACUGCUAAAUAGUGCACCCCACCGUGUCCCCCAAUGGUUUGUUUUCCAUUUGUUUUUGUUUAAUUCAGUUUUUUGUUAAAUGAUCGUUACCAUGAUUUCUGUAGUACGGUAUAUCAUUACAAACGUAUAGCCAUAUUUUAUUUUAUGGCUUUAAAUUUGACGUCUUUGUGCCGUCUGCACAAAUUACAAUUCAUUCUCAUGAGAACAGAUAUCGGUGUGUCCAUCAUUUCUGGCUCAGUGCUGCAACCAUUGAGAGCCUCUGAGGCAAAAUACUGUACUGAUAACUAGUGUUACAAUUGUACUGCAGGUCGCACCAUCCUGCAAAAUAAAAAAAAAAGGAUCAUGUACGAAAUCUGAAAUGUGUGCUAACAAGGAGCGCACAGCAAAGUGUCCAUAAUGACACAGAUUUACAUUUUUUUGCACUACUUCCAGUUUCAUUUUUUGCUUAUCAGGCAUUUGGGGGAAGCCAUGGCCUAAUGAAGUAGCUUUGAAACCAAAAGGUCACUGGUUUGAUUCCCUGGACCAGCAAGAAUGGCUGAAGUGCCCUUGAGCAAGGGACCUAACCCCUAACUGCUCCCCAGGCUGCUCUGGGUAUGUUGUACGUCGCUCUGGAUAAGAGCAUCUGCUAAAUGCCGUUAAUGUAAUGUACAACAAGAGUGGAUGAAUCACAGCAGGGUUCCCCUCCCUUUUUCAAAGGAACAAGUGACAAAGAGAAGUGAUGUAUAUGCAUGUAAAGAAGUCACAGGUGCAUGCUUGCACUUGGAGUAAACAAGCAUGAUACACUGUGCCAUGUUACAAUGGUCCCAGCUCUCCCAUAUAUCCAGUAGCUAUAUAUAGUGAAUUAGCAUAGCAGGUCACUAGUAUGACCACCAUAAUGGAUGCAAGAGCAUGCAUGCAAGAGCGUGCAUGGUCAUUAAGAUUUCCUGCUUCCUCGGUUUACAGCAUGAAUUCCAUGUUGGUCCAAAGAAAUCAUGGAAUUCGUCAUCUUUAAUGGCCAAGCUAGUUUAUGCCCAGUUUGGACCAUCAUGCUGGUAUUGACUUUUUUUAAUAGCACUGUGGUACUUUAUACCAUGAAGAUCCUCCAAGGUCAAAGUUUUGAAACUCCUUUACUAUACGACACCAAUAAUUGUUUUUCUUUUUUUAACAUAAAGAGUGCAAGAACUAUAUUGUUUUAGUGGCUGACUUCUUUUUUUAUUCUGUGCAAUCCUGUUUGUGUACAAAGUUAACUUCUACCUACAUAUGGCAAGCCAAGCGCCUUUUCUUCUAGCUUUUAUAAUCGAAUUAUUCGCCAUUCAGAUGUCAGCCAUCUUUGAUAUGUUCCCCCACAAUUACGCGUUUACUGUGGGAGUAUAAUAUUUGAUUGCACUUGUUUUUCUGCUGUGUUACGUUUGCACCAUUGAGAGGGUUGUUGUUUAUUGUUUCUCUGUAUGGAUUGAUGACUUGAGUGAUUUUAUGUGAGGAUGAGUGUUAGAUAUUGUCUCUGCUGUGAGCAAUGCUCACAGUUCAGCAAUAAAAUCAUCAAGAAUUCUCCAA